AUGCGCAUGGGCGGAGAGACUGCCGCUGUGCGCUGUUAUUAUUGUGAGAGAAUUUUCUUUUCUUUUUUUAUUUCUACGAAAAUGGCGACUGGUCAGGGAAGUGUGGGAGCUGUCACGGCUCCCCAAAGUCACCACUGCCCCAGCGGACCUCCCUGGAGCCCGGGGAUGAGCCAGUACCAGCAGCAGCAGCAGCAGACGCCGCAGCACCAGCAGCAGCAGCAGCACCUCACGGCCCGCAGCCUGGACCGGGCUCUGGAGGAUGCCGUGUGCUCCGGGAUCCUCAACCUGAGCGGCAGGAAGCUGAGGGAGUACCCGGGGAUGAGCUACGAUCUGACCGACACCACUCAAGCAGAUCUGUCCAAGAAUCGUCUCACAGAAAUCCCCCCAGAAGUCUGUUUGUUCGCUCCUCUCGAGUCUCUCAACCUCUACCACAACUGCAUCAAGUGCAUCCCUGAAGCCAUUAUCAAUCUACAGAUGCUGACAUAUCUUGACAUCAGCCGAAAUCUCCUGUCAGUUUUACCAAAAUACCUAUUCAACCUGCCCCUCAAAGUUCUGCUCGUCAGCAACAACAAACUUGUGUCCAUUCCUGAGGAGAUUGGCAAGGCCAAAGAGCUGAUGGAACUGGUGAGCAUUCAUCAGCGCGAUGUAAGUUGCAAUGAAAUUCAGGUCCUGCCAGCUCAGGUGGGGAGGCUCCAAGCUUUACGUGAGCUUAACAUCAGGAAGAACUGUCUUCACAUGCUGCCCGAGGAGUUAGCAGACCUGCCGCUCAUCCGACUGGACUUCUCCUGCAAUAAGAUCACAGAGAUUCCUACAGCUUACAGGAAACUCCGACAGCUGCAGCACAUCAUUCUGGACAACAAUCCUAUGCAGUCUCCACCUGCACAGAUUUGCCUGAAGGGCAAAGUUCACAUAUUCAAGUACCUAAACAUCCAGGCUUGUAGAAUGGAUAAGAAACCGGACACCCUGGAUCUCCCUUCCCUCAGCAAACGUUGCCUUCCACAACCCCUAACAGAUAGCAUGGAAGAUUUUUAUCCCACUAAGAACCACGGGCCUGACUCUGGAAUUGGUAGUGACAAUGGAGACAAGAGGCUGUCUACCACAGAGCCCUCUGAUGAUGACACUGUCAGCCUCCACUCACAAAUUUCAGAGACAGCUCGUGCUGAUGCCCUAUCCCUUCUCUCCAAAAUGGACUCUUGCAAAGAUCAGGAUCUCUAUGACUUUAUAGACCCCAACCCCGACGAGGAUCCUGCUCUGUCAGAGUGUGAUGGGCAGCAAAGCAGUCAUAUGUCUUGUAUAAAGGAACUGGAGAAAGUUCUUAACAUGUCUCAACAAUGCAAAGAUAAAGACAACUGGAAGGAGGAGUUAGGUUCUGAUAAGGAGCAGCUGGUUGAGGAGGAAGAUGAUGACUUGAAAGAAGUGCUGGAUCUGAGGAAGAUUGCUGUUCAGCUUCUGCAGCAGGAGCAACAAAACAGACGACGAUCCUUAAUUUGCAGAGCAGAGAGUCUUAUUCACAGGCGAAGGGUGACUGGCCGUGCACACAGAUUCCUCAGUCACUCUGGAAGCUCAAGCAGCAAACAAAGACUCCCACCUCAGACUGCCCGUAGUGCUUCUCUGGAUGAAGGCAGUAGUGCAGCAUCGGUGUUGACAGGACAGCCUUCUUCAUCCUGCUCCUUUGAUGGCAGCUUGAAGUCAGAUCACUCCGAUUCAGAACCAAAGUGGCCUGAAGUCCCACCUGUCCUCAAUCAGAAUGAAGACCGAAGGCGGAACAAGUACCUCAGGAAAGACUACUUAAAGUACAAGUGUCAGAGUGCUCGUAAGAACUCCUGUGGCAACGAUGACUGUGAAGAGAGUUUGCGCAACACCGAUUUUAGCACAACGUUGACAGUGUUUGGACUGAAGCCAAGAUCAGCUUUUGCGAGAGGAAACCGUCAGGAGUAUAGCCCAACAGACCCCAGUUUCACGAUGAGGAGGAAGAUGGAACACUUGAGAGAGGAAAUGGAGCAGAUUGGAUUAUUACGGCAGAACGUUGAGUCCAGACUGAAGGUGCUGCUUCCAGAUGAUGUUGGAGCCGCUCUGAUGGACGGGGUGGUCCUUUGCCAUUUAGCCAAUCACAUUUGUCCUCGUUCUGUUGGCAGUAUCCACAUACCCUCGCCUGCAGUGCCAAAGCUCAGCAUGGCAAAGUGUCGCAGGAAUGUUGAGAACUUCUUGGAUGCCUGUAAGAAGCUUGGCGUUCCACAGGACAAGCUUUGUCUGCCGCACCACAUUCUGGAGGAGCGGGGUCUGGUCAAGGUGGGUGUAACCGUCCAGGCUCUGCUGGACCUGCCCACAUCAAAGUCCACGCAUCUUGCUUCCGUUUGA